AUGCCGAAGAAUAAAAAGGGAGACGAAGUAGAAAUCCCACCGAAGGAUGAAGAAGAGCUUCUCUUGGAGAAACUUGUUUUUGGAGAUUCAGCCGGCUUUGAACUGAAUUUGAAAAAACUUGAUAAUUUAUAUGAUUAUAGUGAUGAAGAAGAAGAUGUUGAUGGAGAUGUUGAAUCUGAUUUCAAAGAUGAGAGUAAUGAUGAAGAAGGGUUAGAACAUAUUCAAGAUGAUAAUUUAUUUUUUAUAGAUGAAGGAGCAGAAGGAGAUCGCGAUGAGGAUGCCAUGGAGAUAGAUAGUCAGGAUGAGGAUGAAGAAGAAGAGGAAGAAUCAGAGAGUGACGAUGAGGAAAAUGCAUGGGAAGAUAGUGAUGAUGAGAGACUCAACAUCUCUUUGAAUUCUUCUGAUAAAUUAAAGAAAUUGAGAAGAACUCCUCAAGAUAGUUCCAUUUCUGGGAAAUCAUACAUAAUAAGAUUAAGAUCCCAAUUUGAAAAGAUCUACCCAAGACCAAGCUGGAUCGAUGACAUAGACCAAUCUGAAUCUGACGAGAACUCUUCUGAUAACGAUAUAAUCCUAGAUGACGAUGAUGAAGAAGAAGGAAGAUCAAAUGGAAACACUAAUGCUUUACUAGAUAUCCUUUCAUCAACUCAAUCAUUCAUCAUAACCAAACAAUUAAAAUUAAUCUCCCCCAACCGAAUCUCAAUCACAAGACUCAAGGACGCCAACUAUCAAAAACUAGGCAAAUCAUCAAUCCAAUCACUUAGCUUCCAUCCUACGCAUCCAUUAUUAUUAACCGGUGGAUUUGACAAAACUCUAAGAGUAUAUUAUAUCGAUGGAAAAAUUAACAAUUUCAUAACUUCGAUUCAUUUAAAGAAUUGUCCUAUAUCAACUUGUCAAUUCUCUCCAUCACUCGACACAAAUCAGAAUUUGGUGUUUGCGGCCGGUAGAAGAAGAUAUAUGAAUAAAAUCGAUUUGAAUUCUGGUGAAGUUGAGAAAAUAAGUCGAUUAUAUGGACAAGAACAAUUUCAAAAAUCAUUUGAAUAUUUUAAGAUUAGUCCUAAAGGUACAUAUAUCGGUAUGACGGGAAAUAGCGGUUGGUGUAAUUUACUUAAUGGAACUACUGGUCAAUGGAUUAGGGGGUUUAAGAUUGAAGGAACGAUUGUUGAUUUUGAAUUCGCCAGAGAUGAAUCAUUUAUUGUGAUUGUGAAUUCAGCUGGUGAAGUAUGGGAAUAUGAAUUAAAACAAGAGGCAGCCCAACAAUCACAACCAAAGGGUAAUAAAAAACCAAAAACGUAUAAUAAAUUACUUAGAAAAUGGCAAGAUGAUGGUGGGAUAGGUAUAACCAAAAUCAAACUAGGCGGACCUAAAAACAGAUGGAUAGCAAUCGGUACCAAUAACGGUAUAGUCAACAUCUAUGAUCGUUCCAAAUUCACCACCGUGGAAACUUCCCGUCCUCAUCCAAUAAAAACAAUCGAAAACUUAAUCACUUCAAUAUCGACCUUAGAAUUCAGUCCAGAUGGACAAUUGUUAUGUGUCGCCUCCAGAGCAAAGAGAGACGCAUUAAGAUUGGUUCAUUUACCUAGUGGAUCAGUAUAUAGUAAUUGGCCAACUAGUGGUACUCCAUUGGGAAAAGUUACCACCGUGGCAUUUUCUCCUAAUAAUGAGAUGUUGGCUAUUGGGAAUGAAGGUGGGAAAGUCACUCUUUGGAGAUUGAAUCAUUAUUAA